ACGCGCUUUUAGACCUCAAAAUAUUAAAAAGAAGGAAAUAAAAAAGGACAGAUUGUUAAUCUGAAGGAGAGAGACCAAAUCAAUUCGAAAUCCCUGUUCAUGGGGUUGUUUUAUCAACACAAAAACACUCCCAACGCAACCAGAUAAAGAUUCGGAGAUUUUUUUGAUUUGGUUUGUUGAAACUUGGGGUCAUAAUCAUCGUAUAGCAAAAACAAGUCUGUUGUUUUUCUAUUUUGCCCUUCCUUGCUGUUUCUGCUUCAAUGGAGGAAGAGAGAAGAUACAUUACAAGCGAACAGCUUAAACAACACAACAAAUCAGGAGACUUGUGGAUCUCUAUCCAGGGUAAGGUUUAUGAUGUGUCAGACUGGGUUAAGGAGCAUCCAGGUGGGGAUACUCCUCUCCUGAAUCUCGGUGGCCAAGAUGUAACUGAUGCAUUCAUUGCUUAUCAUCCUGGUACUGCGUGGAAAUAUCUUGAUAAGCUUUUUACAGGGUAUUAUCUUGAAGAUUUCAAGGUUUCUGAUGUGUCCAAGGAUUAUAGAAAGCUUUACUCAGACUUUGCUAAACUGGGUUUGUUUGAUAAGAAAGGCCACAUUGCUUUGUAUUCAAUGACAUCCGUUGCAGUAUUGUUUUGCAUUGCUGUUUAUGGGGUUCUUUGUUGCCAGAGUAUUUGGGCGCAUAUGGGUUCUGCUGUUUUAUUGGGAAUUCUAUGGAUCCAAAGUGCAUACGUAGGUCAUGAUUCAGGGCAUUAUCAGGUAAUGUUGAGUCCUGCUUUUAACAAACUUGCACAAGUUUUAUCUGGGAAUUGCUUAACAGGGAUAAGUAUUGCUUGGUGGAAGUGGACCCACAAUGCACAUCAUCUUGCUUGUAAUAGCCUUGAUUAUGAUCCCGAUCUUCAACAUAUACCAGUUUUUGCUGUCUCUUCAAAUUUUUUCAGUUCUAUUAGAUCUUGCUUUUAUGGAAGAAACAUGGAUUUUGAUCCUUUGGCUAGGUUUCUUGUGAGUUACCAACAUUGGACCUUUUAUCCUGUCAUGUGUGUUGCAAGGGUAAAUUUAUUUCUACAGACAUUUUUGUUAUUGUUUUCAAAUCGAAAAGUCCCUGAUAGAGCUCUUAACAUUAUGGGAAUUCUUGUCUUUUGGACUUGGUUUCCUCUUCUUGUUUCUUGUUUACCCAGUUGGCCUGAGAGAGUGAGCUUUGUUCUUACUUCAUUUACUGUUACCUCACUGCAACACAUCCAAUUUUGUUUGAAUCAUUUCGCAGCAAAUGUUUAUUUAGGAUCUCCAAGUGGGAAUGAUUGGUUUGAGAAACAGACAAGUGGGACAUUGGAUAUUUCAUGUUCAUCUUGGAUGGACUGGGCAUAUGGUGGCUUGCAGUUUCAGCUUGAGCAUCAUUUGUUUCCUAGAUUGCCGAGGUGCCAAUUGAGAAAGGUUUCUCCAUUGAUAAGGGAUCUUUGCAAGAAGCAUAAUUUGCCUUACAGGAGUCUGUCCUUUUGGGAGGCCAAUGUAUGGACAAUUAGGACUCUCAGGACUGCUGCCUUGCAGGCUAGGAACAUGACCAAUCCUGUUCCAAAGAAUUUGGUGUGGGAAGCUGUUCAUACUCAUGGAUAAGGAGGCUUUAUGUUGUUCUGUAGGCUCAUCUGCCCUCGCGAAUCUGUUUUGUUUUUUCUUGUUGUUAAUUUCUUUGGUUGUUUCUCUUUAUUGGAUAUUUGAAUUUUUCCCUCAUUUGUAAACAUUAGCAGAUGAUGUUUUUUGUCAUCCUAUUCAAUAUUAAUCUCACACUAUUGUUGCAGAUA